CAACGACCCGCCUAAUUUUUAAGUGGAUUUUGGACAAAGUAGAAUAAGCCAUGACAACUGAAGACUGGAAAGGACUACCAGAGAUAGACUAUGAAGUUUUACAGCUGUUCCCAAACUUUACGAAAGAGGAUAUUAUCCAAAAAGCUCGUGAAAUAAGAGAAAAGUCGUUGUCGACAGAUUUCUAUUGUUGUAUAGACGGGCUUCAUUUUUUGAAGUUUGGAUUGAAGCACAACCCUUUUUAUGGAGAAGUUUUUCAGGAAGGAAAACUUUCAGAGCUGAGGAUACUCGAUAUUGGUUGCUGUUUUGGAGUUGAUAUUCGAGGGUUGAUUCUCGAUGGAGCAGAUAUAAACAAUGUGUUUGGAAUUGAUUUGUCAGACUCUUUAAUCAGUUUAGGAUUUGAACUAUUUGGGGACGCGGAGAGAUUGAAAGGUCAUUUUAUAGAAGCUGAUGCGACCAGCAAAGAUUUUGUGAAUACGGUUUCCGAGAAGACAGGAGGAAAAUUCGACCUUAUUAUCCUGCAGUUAGUUCUGCAUACAGUAGCGGAUAGCGGAGCGCUUUUGAUUCAAAAUGUAUUCAGACUAUUAAACACUGGAGGGAAACUGAUUGGUUGCACUCUUGGUACUGAGGAAGACCUGGACGAAGAACUGAAGGUUGGGGUUGGACGUCGGAGACGUUUUAUUCACUCGGAGCGAACAUUAAGUAGACUUUUCUCUUCUUGUGGAUUCACAAAUAUUACUGUGAAGUUCUGCAAAUGGAAUCCACAGAAAUGGUCGGUUGGAUGGAUUGAGAAUAAUUUUUCGUUUUCCUUAAAAAAUGAAUGUCUUGGAUUCCUCAUAUUUCGUUGUAUGAACGUUGAAUUUUGACGAGUCAUUUUCUACAAUGUUGUGAACAAAAGCAUCUCUUUCAUGACGACUUGUGUUUUCCAGUUCUACAGGACAUUAGUACAAUUUUUUUGUUUAUAUGUUAUUUUUAUGAGGGAAUAAACUCACUGAAGUGUUU